AUGACCGAAUCAGCUUGUGAGGACGACUCGUAUGUGGAGCCCCCGCUCAGUCAAUUGGAGAUUCCCUACAAGAUGAACUUUUCAGCAUCGGAAGAUGAAAAGAAGGAACAGAAAAAGUGCAAGAGAAAAAGGAAGGCCAGGCAAAGAGAAAUGCACAAGAGCAGUGCCAGAAAAAAGGAAUUUGAUUCGUCAUCCUCGUCCGAUUCGGAUGCCUCAUCUUCUUCUUCGUCAUCGUGUGGAAGCUUUGAUUCCCAUCCUGAUCGCAAAGUGAAAAAUCGCGAGCCAUUGCGUGUCAAUGACAUCAUUUCCUACACCCCUCCUGUCUUUACAAUCGGCACCAAUGUGAAACAGGCAGUCGUAUUGGGAAUUUCGCCAUCUGAGAGGUCCUUUCCAUUGAUUCUGGACAAUGCUGACAUGUUGCCAUGGGAUACCUAUAUUCAACGGAUUGGUGAAUACUAUGGCGGCCAGAUCUAUAAGCAUGCCGGCCGAAUCAAGCCACUGACGUCCUUUCGUCUUCAGCAAGGUGGAACCAAAGACGUCACGAUUGGUUUGAAACAAAAGGCAUCGAAUUUCAAACAGAUGCUGAAUGACAUGCAACAACGUGCCAUGGCAACAUUGCGAGGAGAGAUGGAAGCGCCAUCAAAGUCCCAAUCUCCUGAUUUGAGCAGUAAAAAAGCAAAAGCAAAAGCAAAACGUCCAGCAGUAUCAUCCAUUCAGAAGAAAGGUUCGAAUCAUCUGUCAAACGCCAACACUGCUCGCAAGGAGGGCGAAGAUGUGGCCUCGACGUCAUCUGAUUCCUCCAUGGGUCUGCCCGUUUUGCGCAAGGGGCGAGGGAAGGAUUCUAAACAGACUACAACAAUUUCAGCGCGAAAGCCAACGGCAACCAAGACUUCCAAGCAAACGCCACAACUUGUCCGCGGAAUGAACAAAUCGACAGAAUCAUCGAGUGAAGACGAUGCAUCUUCCUCCAGCAACGAUGAUUCUGUACCGCUCGAAAAGCUAGCAGUGAAAAUGCCAAGAGGUUAUGCUAGAAGCAAAAAAUUAUCACUUACCAAGACCAAUUCGGUAACAUCACCAACUCCUCGAUUGGGCACUGGUCGGUCCAAACCAAAGCCCAAUACGACAAAGAAAAAGACAAGGCCAAAAACAAACCAAGCCCCUUCGAAGCAAGAAGUCAACAAGAAUGCGUACAAGACGUCUCCAAGAAGUACCAAAGACUAUCCAAUUACUGUCGAUUCUUCCGCUGACGAUUCCGUUCUAAAAGGCAAGGGACCGAACAAAGUAAAAGCGCCCAAGAGGAAUCGGUCCAAAGCCUUCCCACCCACUACCUUUACGACUUUGAACGAUGAUACCGACAGUGAUAGUGAAGACGGACCAUCCCCCAAAGGUCUAGUUCCAAAGCACAUUCAGGGUGUCCUGCAAAAUCAUCGCAAAGCGCGAACUUCUCUUGCUCGGCGUGAAACUGUUCUCUGGAGUGGAUCUGAUAGUGAAAGUGACGAACUCACGGCUGGAAUUGAAAAGACACUGGAGCAACAAAGGAAACGGAGAAAGGUGUUGGAAGGACAGGAUACACUUGCCAUUUUGAGUAAAAGUGCAAGUAAACCAAACGGCAAAUCCCGAUCCACUCGCUUACCAUCGAAAAGUAAGAAGAAAAUGCCACAAGCAAAGGCGGAAUCCAACAAGGGACUCGAAAUUGGUUCCUCAUCGUCGGAUGAAUCUAUUGUGGAAGGUUGCAAAACGAGUCAAAAGAAGGAAUUGCCAAAACGAGCACCGCCGCAAGGUCAAUUUACGAAUGCCAUGCUCGGCUUGGGCAGCGAAGACAGUAGCAGUGACGACGACGAAGACUUGUUGCUUGCGACUCUAGCUUUUGCCACGCAGAAUGCCAAGAAGCAGUCUCCAAAGAAGAAAAAGAAAGUUCUCUCCAAUAGGACCAAUCAAAAGAAGAAGAGAACCGUUCCAUGCUACGAUGCCGAUGAGGAUUCCGAGAAUGACGAAGCAUUGCUUGCAAAGCCUGUCUGGUUUCACAACCACUCGAGCGAGAGAAAGGUGAAAUCUCCAUCACCAUCAAAGGUGCAGACCAAAUUCCAGCAAACGCCUUCUAGUGAUCGGAAAGCAUUCCCCAAAUCACCCAGCAAUGCAUCUCGCUCUCGUUUGGUGCAAGAUAUUCGUCGCGAAAAGAUGCUCUUUUCGUCACCCUCGCCAACUCCACGAAAGGCAAGCAAGCCACCACAGCAGUAUGAAUUGUCUCCAUCGUCGAGUGAUACUGAUAGUGACACAUCCAUCCUAAAGUCUGGACGACGUGAAAAGAAGGAGAAGCGUAAUGACUGGUCCAGUGACUGCUCCGUGGACAGUCCUCCCGAGCAGUGCAUUGCAAGUCCGUCACCCAAAACGAGGAAGAAGACGGAAGAAGUUUCCAAUGGGAACAAGAAAAGGCGGCUGGGAAAAGAGCUUGACUUUUCGCCCAACGACGGCCUUCCAAAUAAAUCCAGAUCCAAAAAGGGCCGAAAGAUUCUCUCACCAUUUUCGAGAAGAAAGCAAGAGUCCAGUAGUACAAAGCGACCGAAAACGGCCAUUGGGAAAAGGAGUUGA